AUGCUCAUCGACACGGGCGCGAUCGCGAGUCUGGUGGACAAGAAGGUGCUCAAGUGGCUCGGGCGUUCUGCCGAGACGUUGAGACCGUACACGGGCGGACUGGACAGUGUCACGGGGCACGAGGUCCAGAUCAAGGGCGAGAUCGACCUGCCCGUGACACUUGGCUCCGUGGAGAAGUUGUUGCUGUUCGCGUCGUUCCGUGCCGUGAUCGACAUGGAAGCGCAGACGAUGACGCUCAAGGAUACGGGCGAGGUGAUCCCGUUGGGCGAAACUCGCGUGGAGGAGUCGUACUCCGCGAGUGUUGCGGCGACCGUGCGUCUCGAGCCCGGCUCGCAGGCGUUGGUACGAUCGAGGGUGCGCGGCGGCGCCAGGCAGGGCUCCGUCGUGCUCGUCGAAGGACUCACUGGCGGUGAGGCGUCUCUGCGAGUGGCCAGGACGCUGUGCACGGUGCAUCAAGGGCAAGUCCUGGUUGAGGUUUGCAACGCCUCGACCGAGGAGAUGGUCAUC